AUGCCAGCCAACCAGUCAGCACGACACCAAAAACGGUCCCGGCUCAGUGAUGCGGCCUCCGAGAAGUCUGCUCGUCCCAGUGAAGAGCGGUCCAAAAGGCGCAGAGUCUCGGGCAAUGUUAACGCGAACUUCCAGACGGAAGAGCGAAUUGACGAGGCAAAGGACGGUAUCAAUGGCAAUGCUCAGACACAAGGCGUGGUCAUGUUGCAAAAAAGCCCCGCGCCUUGGUCAUUCUCUCGUCCCGUUGGCGGUAGAUACAAUAAUUUGGAUCCAAUCUUGACAGACGAUGAGGCAUAUCUUCUAGUCGGUCUCGAUACGGCUGUUCAAGUGUUCGCAACCGCCACCUCCCGCCUGUCGCGCACUUUGCAAAUGGAAGCUGGCCAAAAGAUUGUUGGAUUCAGUAUUUGCCCAGAAGACCAAGAAAACCUGUUUGUUUUCACAUCUUCGGGUUCUAUCAGCAAGUGGAACUGGAGCUCCGGAAAACGCAUUUCUCGCUGGGAAACCACAUCGACAACCGUUUCAGCAAGCUUGGCUUCUAUUGAACAGCAAGGAAACAAAAACAUCAAUUCUUUUUCCAUCACAUCGCAAAAAGAUGGGAAAAGGCAGAUUUCGAUUAGUACGCUAGGGGACAAGAAGAUCCAAUGCACCACAGUCCUCGAAACAAACCAGAAGCUUAAUUGCAUCAGGGUUACUCAUGACGGCCGCGUUAUUGUUGCCAGUGAUGGACAGCGUCUUUUCAUGGGUACCACAAGCAGUGCAGAACUCGGAAACCUCGACACUGUUCAGUACAACUGGCGUGAGGCCACCCUUCCCGUCAAUGCUACUUGCUUUGAUAUCCGGGAAUCAGUCUCGAUUGAUCUGGCAGUAGGAGAGAGUGGUGGCUCCAUCCUGAUUUAUCAGAAUGUUCUGAACACUCUCUUUGGCAAAGAAACUAGCGAUAAGAAGUCUUCUCCCAGGAAGUUGCACUGGCACAGAGGAUCUGUCAACACUGUACGUUGGUCUAAGGAUGGUAAUUAUAUCAUAUCAGGUGGUCAAGAAUCAGUCAUGGUUCUUUGGCAAUUGGACACAGGUCGGAAGCAAUUCCUCCCUCAUCUUUCCUCUCCCAUCUGCAACAUUGUCAUCUCUACCAGUGGUAGCUCUUAUGUUAUUAAAUUGGCCGACAACUCGGUCAUGGUCAUGUCGACGAGAGAACUGCAGCCCCUUGCCACUAUCACCGGAUUGCAGCUAUGCCCAGACAUGGGAAGCCGUGCGGAACCAUCAAAGAGCUCUGUCGUGGCAAAGUUGCACCCGCAGCAACCAGAGCGACUAAUAGUGACUGUCCCGGCUUCCCAUCAGCUUACACAAAAACAACAUGGCUCUCAGCCUGCGAACGCGGCUGUGCUUCAGACAUAUGAUAUCCGUGCCAACUCUCAUAUAUCCCGCCAAGCUCUCGCACGAACCAAUGCGACCACUUUGAAUGUCAGUCCAGAGGGGUCCCAGAUCGUCGCACCCGACGUCAAGCACUUGGAUAUUGUGCAUGACGCGAAAUGGCUGGCUACUGUCGACUCCUGGGUCCCACACUCUCAAGAUGUGGAGGCGCUUGACCGCAGCUCCCCGAAAUCGUCUGCUGCUCUCCGUCCAGAAGUCUUCUUGAAGUUCUGGAAGUGGGAUGCUUCAUCCGAUACGUGGGAACUUGUUACACGUAUUGACGGUCCUCAUUUCGCCGAAAAUCAUCAAUCAACUGUCCUUAGCCUAGCAUCCCGCCCUGGUGCUCACGAGUUUGCGACCUUUGGAUCGGACUCUGUUCUUCGUUUCUGGUGUCCAACUGCUAAGUAUCGCAGUGGCCUUAAGGCGAAAGAUCAACCAGAGCAGAGUACUUGGAAGUGUCGAGGUCUUGUUGACCUGAAGGGAUAUUUAGACAAUGCCCAAGCUUCGCCCCUAGACGCAGCUAGCAUGAGCUUCUCCGAGGAUGGAUCAGCCUUGGCUGUCUGCCUGCCAUCGACCUCGGCCGCCAACGAUGGCCUUGUUCUUCUGGUUGACGCACGGAACUGUGCUGUGCACUACCAAAGAACUGGUGUUUUCCUGGGCAAUCCUUGCUCAACAAGCUUUCUGGGAAGCCAUUUAUUCGUUGCUUCUACCCACUCGGUGGCUGUUUGGGAUACCGUCGACGACAUUGUCAAGACCAUCCAGUCCUCAGAAUCUGUCGACUUGCCUGGUGUAGGCAACUCACCGCUGAUUGCCGUGAAUGCGAGAACCAAGUCAUUGGCAGUUGCCACACGUGGCUCAAAACGUGGCAAGAACCGAUUCCAAAUCAAGAUCUAUGAUGUCCCGUCAUUCGAAGUGGUCUUCCAAGAGACCCUCAAGAUUUCCCCAGUUGCGCUGCUCUCCGAUUCUUAUUCCGGUGACUAUAUUGUUAUUGAUAGUGCAGUGACUGUGCAGCGACUUGGCUGUAUGGACAAGGCAUCUCAAAAGAGCCAGAACAACCAGUCUCGCGAUGUCACUGGUCAAAUUGACAGCGGGCUUGCAAGUCUCUUCACUCGGGGGCAAGACAGAUUUCCUGCUCAGAAUGACGAAGAAACUGAUUCGUCUGCUCAUGCCAAGGGAUUGGCCAGUGUCUUUGGUGAUACUCCUGCUUUCUCUUUGCCUGCUAUUGGUGUUCUAUUCAGGAAUGUGGUUCAAACCAUCGGCUCUACCUGA